GCACUCGGCCGUUUUGUAUAAAAACAUUGUGAGGCUGCAGUUGUGGCACAGUCAGUCACCGACCGUCGGCCCAAAAGCAGCAUUAGCAGCAGCAUGAAGUCCAUCAUCGCCCUGUUCGUCUUGGUUGCGUGCGCCGCUGCCGCACCCCAGGGGCAAUACAAGCCCCAGCAGUACCAGCCCCAGCAGUACCAGCAGCCCAAGCAGUACCAGCCGCAGCAGUACCAGCAGCCCCAGCCCCAGCCCCAGGUGCGCCAGCAGACCUACUCGCCGGCCGCUGCCAGCCAGCCCCUCGUCAACAUCGCGCUCACCAGGUCGGCCCCCGAGGAGCCCAUCGUCAUCCUGAGGCAGGUCCAGGACUACUCCCCGCCCGGUACCUACUCCUUCAGCUACGAGACCGAGAACGCCAUCCAGGCCCAGGAGCAGGGCCAGCUGAAGAACGAGGGUACCCAGGACGAGGCCAAUUCGGUGCAGGGGUCGUACUCGUGGACCGCUCCCGACGGUGUCACUUACUCCGUCAACUACAUCGCUGACGAGAAUGGCUACCAGGCCCAGGGCGCCCACCUCCCCGUGCCGCCACCCGUCCCCGAAGAGAUCCAGAGAGCCAUCGACUACGCCAGGUCACAGCCCGGCUUCAGGGAAGAGGACGACGGCCAGUACAAGCAUUCCGAUCAGUAGCUCAAUAAUUAAUUAAAACUGAAAAAAAAUGAUUAAAAGUUCAUAAACUCCUUA